AUGUAUCUUCUCUUGUUCGUUUUUCUUUCUUUCUCUUUUUUCUCUUUUGUAUUUUAUUCGUUUCUUCUACGUCUUUAUUCCUUCUAUUCUUCAUUUCUCUUGUUCCUUUAUGCUUUUGUCUGUUCGUCUUUCUCUUUUUCUUCUCUUGUACUUUAUUCAUUUCUGUUUAAUCUUUAUUUCCUCUCUUUUUCUUUCUGUUUUUUUCUCUUUAAUUUCUCUUUUCUUUUUUCUUUUCCCCUACCCUUUCCUUAUUCUCAUUCUGUCUUUUUCCGCUUUUCCCUCUGUUUUUCUUUCAUCUUCUUUAUUCUUUUUUUUUUUUUUAAUCUUUCUCUCGUUCCUUCUUCCUUUCUCUCGUUCCUUCUUCUUUCUCUUUUUCAUUCUUGUACUUCUUUUUUAUUGUUUUUCUUUUUACAAUUGUUCGACAUUGUCUUAUUCCGUCUCAUAUUGACUUUUCUUCCUCCUGUUUUUUCUUUUUUCUUUCUUUUUAUUCCUUCUCUUUUUUCAUUUCUUUCAUUCCUUCUUCUUUCGCUUUAUCUCUCUAACACUUUAUUCUUUCCUUUUAUUUUCUUCAUUCCUUUUUUCUUCAUUCCUCUUAUUCCUUUACAUUUCGCAUUUACUUCUUUCAUUUUUCUUUCUUGUACUUUAUUUUUUCUUCUUUAUUUGUACUCGGCUCUUUCUCUUAUUCAUUCGUUUUCCGUUUUUCGUUCUUUUCCUUUUUUUAUCUUACUUUAUUCUUUUCUUCUUCAUUUCGCUUAUUGCGUUUUAUUUUUUAAAAUGAUGAACAAAAAAAGCUUUCUUUUUUUGUAA